ACAACUCAAAGCGCGAGAGGGUGACAGGACUAAAUCCAAGUGUCUGCUGCCACCUUGUGGUGAGAAAUUCCAUCCCAGGCAGAAUUUGCUCUUCACCACGAAAUAAAUGGGGCAAUGUUGGAAGGGAGGGGUGGUUCAAGGUCUUCAAUUCAGCAAUGUACUUUGAGAGACCACUACAAAAUUUCAAGAUGUAAUGAAAACCACCCUUGGGGUACAUUUUGAGAUGUAAUGAAAACCACCCUUGGGGUACAUUUUGAGAUGUCCAAACAACAACUGGCCUUGUCACAUGUGUCCUACAGGACACAGAGAACAUUCACCAGCUGUAGCUGAGAGAUCUAACAGAAGCUCAACUUGUGUUAAUCAACAGAUCAUUCGUAUUCCUAUAGGUGCCUUCCCCUUCAGAGGUCAAAUAUGACUUCUGAAUGUGGUGGUCAAUUAAUGCAUGGGUGGUUUUUUUGUUGUUGUUUUGUUUUGUUUUGUUUUUUGCUAUCCAUAUGCCAGUGUUGAUGCAAUCAGAUCAUCAUUUCUGCAUUUGCCUGUUCAAGAAUCUGUGAAGUGUUCCACAAAGGUCCAUGGAAUUUCACACAGCUCAGUCAAAUACAUCACUGGUGACCUCUGUGAAGCUGUAAACAGGGCCAGUCCCACAAAUAAUGUCUCUGACACUUGGAAGGGAAUAAGGGAAAGACUAAAAGUUUCCUACAUAUUUUAUUCCAAAUAGCCCACACCUUGACAGUACAUUCAGUCACUGGAUGAUUUUGCAUCAAAAUCUGUAAGUUCGAGAACUGAAACAGUCCAAAACGGCUACUACAGUUGAAGUUGACAGCAAUGGCCCGACCUCAGCUGUAUCUACCAGAACCCUUUAAGAUUGCCUAUGGAAAAGUUGGACAGUGCCGAAGAUUCCAGCAACUCAAGAAGAAAAAUGGCUCAUUCAAAAGGAAGGGGAUAGAAAGAUGGCAUAGAGCUGUGUCUACCAACUUACUAAAACAAAAUGUAUUGGUCCCUAAAGAGGAGUCAUCCAGUGAUAGUGACAUGGGAUUUCAUGAAAGUCAACAAAAUCAGAAAAGAAAUUUGAUGACGAAAGUGAAGACUGCUUUUGGGAGGAUGCUGUCCUACAAGUGUAGAAGCAAGCUAGCAAGUGCCAGCAAAGAGGGCUCCACUGACCAUAAGGAAGCCCUACUGUCAAACACGCAGAGCCUUCUCCCUAGGAUUGUCAAGGAGCUUCCAUCUCCCAAGUUAUUUACAGCAAAAAUGAGAAAGCUUUCAGAGAAUGCGACUAUACAACUUGAUGUUGUAGAGGCAGAGACAGAGGAGAUAACCCAGGGAAAUACACUCCUUCGGGCCAGGAGAACCACCAAGCGGUUAUCUGUGACAUCUCUUCCUUCAGGACUACAAAAGGGGCCAUAUUCACCAAAAAAGAGACCACACUUUCCAGCACUUAAAAAGAAGAAGCAUGGCAUGAAAAACAUCCUUCGAAAAUCAGAUUUGACAGUAGGAAAGCUUCAAAUGCAGGUGGAUGACCUCAUAGAAACAGUGACUGAUAAAUCCAUGAAGCUAUUGGCCCAAAGACAUGCUGAGCUUCAACGGUGUGAGUUUCUGGGGGAUGAAAUUCUUCAGUCUUCUAAACAGUUCCAGAGGAUAUCCAAGAGAACCAUGAGGAAGUAUAAAUUUAAAAAUGUGUGUUUCCCAUGUACCUGCUGCUGCUGCUUCUGA